AUGCACUUACCGUCCUCGGGAGUCGCGUUGAAACCGAUCGUGACCCGGGCGCGCAGGUCGCCUGCCUGCCCUUGCCGGAGGAACGCGCCUGGACGCAGCCAGCGCUGCGCGGUGGUGCCGGGGGGCGCACAGGCCCUCGGCCAUCGGCCCCACUUCCCCGGUCCCGCGCCGCGCCGCUCUCCUCCCGGCUCAGGCUUCCCUGGAUCGAAGACCGGUCCUCGCCAAAGAGUGGCCCGCAGGACCCUGCCUCCGCGUCCGCCACCAGCGCCGCGAUGGACCUUUGUCCCGGACGAAAAUGAAAGUGCGCUGGGCUGGGGGCGCCCACGCCCUGCCGCGGAGGUCCGGGCCGGCGCGCCUGCGACUUUCUCCAAGUUCACGUGCAUCCCCGGGCAGGCGGGAGGGUGCCGCGGGCCCGAACUUGCAGAGCCGGGCGUCGGCGCGCGGCGGGCUGCGGGAGGACUGCGCGGCCGGCGGCGCGGGCCCGGGCACAAUGGGCGCCGCCGGCGGGCGCGGGGACAACGCGGGCCCGGCCGCCGAGCGGCCGCUAGUCUGGCGGGUCCCGGGCGCCGAAUGCGGCGGCGGCGGCUUGGCACAGACGCGCCGCGCGCCCGGUGCAUGCUAAUGGCCGGCGGCCGCGCCAUGAAUUAUUCAGCAGCGGCGCGGAGACGGCGAGCGCGGCGCGGAGGGCGGCCCGGCCGCGCGUCCCCCGCCACUGCGAAGCGGCCGCGGCGACUUCCCAAACUUUCCCUGGUCGGCACCGAGGAUGCGGCCCCCGCGGCGCCUCCGUCCCCGCCCGAGCGCGCCGGCCGUGCUUCCCACGUUGCCGCCUAUUUUAUGUCUUUUGUCUUGGAGUUGGCACCUGUCCCAGAGAGCGCGUUUCCCUGCCCACCCCUUCGCCGCCGGAUCAGGGCGGGGGAGGGGGUACAAGGGACCCGGAGAGGAGGGGACAGGGGUUGGGGAGAGCAAGGCGCUAAGGGCCCUGCAGCCAGAGACCGCCCGGGGGAGGUGGCCGUGCCCGUGCGCCCGGGCGCCCCUGUUCCGCAGGGAGGUCAGGGCUUCAGCUGUGCCCGGAAUACCAACGAGGCCUCGCGGGGCCCCCGGCCUUGCCCACUGCGGGCGAGGACCGGGCGCGGCCCCUCCGACUCCCCCUUCGCUGCGCACCCUCCUCCCGGGCCGGCGCGCGCGGGCGGGGCGGGCGGCGCGAGCAGCGGAUUCGCCGCCCGGGCCCCGCGCCUCUCCCCGCAGCCUCGCGUGCGCGUCCCCGCGGGCACGCCGCCCCGGGCGGUCCCCGCCCGCGCGCCCGCGGCCCCGCCCGCAUCCCCGCUCGGGGCUGGGGGCACCGCACAGCGAGGACCCCUCCAUUUCCCGCCUUGCGCCCUGCGACCCGCGCACCCAAGGGAGGCGAGCAGGCGCGAGCUCCGGCCCGGGCCCGCCCCCGCCGCCCUGGCACCGAGGUGGCUGCCGGAGCGCGCUCGGCAGCUGCGCUCGGAGGAGCCGGCUGCCAUGAUUGCGGGCAGCGGGGCGCGCGCGCUCGCUCGGGCCCGGCUCGGACCGACGGUCCCUGGCCUGCCUGCAGUCCCGUGCGCGCCGCGGACAGAGGCUGCGGUCGCCGGGCUUGACCCUGCAGGGGCUAGUAAACAACUUCCUGAUCCCGGCCCAGGGCGCUGCAGCUGCGGGGAGAAGUUCUAGGCCGCAGCUUUGCUCUCACGGAGCAGCACGACUACAGUGCUGCCCCGACCGCGCGGUUCCCUCCCGCGCCCCCUCCCGGGGGUCGCAAGCGGCCAGGCUCCAGUGUCCAACACUAGUUAGAAUGCCAAGGAGGCCUCAGCAGCCCUUCCUGCCAGGUCCACAGGGGCGCCUGGGUGGCUUUCCCGCAGAGGGGCCUGGGUCUCUGGCAUUCAGGGAAUGCCGACACCGGGGCGUUAUGCUCAGACCCCCUCCCUCUGCCCGGGUGCCCUCGAUCAGAGCCAGAUGGACCUGGCUGUCCCCGGACGCCCAUGAAGGCGCCUGAGAGAAAAAAGGCGUCCUGGGCCCCACCCCAAUGUCUCUCUGUGCCUCUCUUCCCCCGACCCCCCCAGCAGGCCUUGGCAUUCUAACCAGUGUCCCUUGACGUCACAUCUCGCCAUUUCUGUCAACCAAUUGAAACUUGCCCGUCGUCAUAAAAAUAUAUAUACUUUUUAUGCCAUUGGUAAAUUCAAAAGUUCCUCCUGUGCCCGGCUUCCCAGGAAACUCCAUUCCACCUUAGAUUGCCCUGCCCAGGAAGAGGAACUGGCCACCCGGGCAAGGCUGGGCUGGGGUAGCCCGAGCAGGUCUGCCAGGGCCUCUGCUGCCUCCUGACCCUCCUUGGAGGCUCCCUAGACCCCCAUGACCUUGCCCUUGAAUUGUGCUAGACACCCACCCACUCAUUGCCACCACUCUAGGACAUGCACAAUUCGGGGAAGAGGAAGAGAGGGGAGGGAGAAAAAAAACAGGAUAUAUUAAGAAAUCUUCCACAUUGGCCUUCCUGGGUGUUAGGAUCUUACUGUGGCCUCUUCUUCCUAGGAAUAGUUUUGGUUUUUUUCAUGAGAAAAUUUAGUUUUAUAAAAUGGAGCAGCAAUGUUUUCCGGUUAAUCUUUUCACUGAAAUCCUGACCAACUUUCACUUUCCAUAGCUGCUGACAACGCUCAGCGACAGCCCAAGCAGGGGUGAUUUCACAGUGGGGUGAGUUUCACUCCUGCCGUGAGGAAGGUCCAGGGUGGCCCUCCCAACCUCAAGGACUAUGGGGUGAGAGACGAGACGCAGGAAGCCCAGGAACUCCACAUUCCUCCUUGCUCAGAAAACAAGGGCCCUCUCUGCAACCAAAGAGUUGGGGAAGCUGUGCUCACGUUCCAGCAUUAGGGCAGGGAGAGAUGGUUGUCUCCCUUGCCUAUCACAGUCCUUUAUAAUUUUCUUCACUAUUAUAAUUCCCAGGCCCAAGCAGGAUGUGUGGAAUAAGAGAACACAUUCCCAGGAGAUGAUAAGGUGCUGUACCAAAAAGCCACACAGGUUCCUCUAUAACCCAUCCUGCUUGCCCACACCACGAGUCCAGCCACUGACUGCCAUGAUGGUGCCCCAUCUUCACCUAAGGUUCAACUACUUUAAAAAACGUAUUAAAGACACUCUGUGGUUGAACCACUUUGGGGGCCUCCCAACAAAAACACUUUCAGACAGUGGACUCAGUGCAGAGAUCUCAACAGCAUAAAGUAUCAGGCCCUUUUAAUACCAAAUCUUGUUUUUACAAAAUAAUGAGCAAGCUCAGUAACAACAGAACGGGGAUUUUGAAAACAAAACAAAUAUAUGGUGACUAUUCCAUAUAAAACUGGUCCCAAGUGCAAACUGUAGACAUGCUGCAUGCCUUUGAGAUACAUUCACACACACAUGCAUCUGACAACCGUGCUAUAAUCUAUUUAUAAUCACUUUCCUAAACACUAAAUAUUAUAACUGAUGUGAUAUAUGUUUUGUGAUUAAAUGGGUGGAUUAAAACACUGCACUUAAAAAGCCACAAAAAAAAAAAAAGAGAUUAUCUUCCAUUAUGCCACUUAC